AUCCGUGAGGCUUCUGUGGCGGCGAAGCCAUGUCGGGCACCCGAGCGGCGACGGCGGCGGCCGCGGCCGCCUCCAACGACCGCGCCCCUCACCCGGCGGCUGGAGCGGGGCUGAAGCGGCCGCGGAGCGAGGGUGGCGGCAACCGGGUGACGGUGGUGCUGGGCGCGCAGUGGGGGGACGAGGGCAAAGGCAAGGUGGUGGACCUGCUGGCCACCGAGGCCGACAUCGUCUGCAGGUGCCAGGGUGGAAAUAAUGCAGGCCAUACGGUAGUGGUUGAUGGAAAAGAAUACGAUUUUCACCUUUUUCCUAGCGGCAUCAUCAAUCCAAAAGCCAUUUCUUUCAUUGGUAAUGGGGUAGUUAUACAUUUACCAGGCUUGUUUGAAGAAGCUGAAAAAAAUGAGAAAAAAGGUUUAAGAGACUGGGAGAAAAGACUGAUUAUAUCAGACAGAGCACACAUCGUGUUUGAUUUUCACCAGGCAGUUGAUGGACUUCAAGAAGUGCAGCGGCAAGCACAAGAGGGGAAAAAUAUUGGCACAACCAAGAAAGGAAUUGGACCAACCUAUUCUUCCAAAGCUGCACGGACAGGACUCCGGGUCUGUGACCUUCUGUCAGAUUUUGAUGAAUUUUCUUCAAGAUUCAAGAAUCUGGCUCACCAGUACAAGUCAAUGUUUCCUUCUUUAGAUGUUGACACAGAGGGACAACUGCGGAAACUGAAGGGGUAUGCUGAAAAAAUAAGGCCCAUGGUCCGAGAUGGUGUUUAUUUUAUGUACGAAGCACUGCAUGGCACUCCAAAGAAAAUUCUUGUGGAAGGGGCUAACGCGGCACUGCUUGACAUUGACUUUGGCACGUACCCUUUUGUGACCUCUUCCAACUGCACUGUGGGUGGCGUGUGUACCGGACUCGGUAUCCCUCCUCAAUAUAUUGGAGAGGUGUAUGGUGUUGUAAAGGCCUACACAACAAGAGUGGGCAUUGGAGCCUUUCCCUCUGAACAGAUAAAUGAAAUUGGAGACCUCCUGCAGUCUCGAGGCCACGAAUGGGGAGUGACCACAGGCAGAAAACGGCGCUGUGGCUGGUUGGACCUGGUCAUUUUGAGAUAUGCUCAUAUGAUCAACGGAUUCACUGCUCUGGCAUUGACAAAGCUGGAUAUUCUGGAUGUCCUUGAUGAGAUCAAAAUUGGUGUUGCUUACAAGCUGGGAGGGAAAAGAAUUCCAUAUUUUCCAGCUAACCAAGAAAUACUGCAGAAAGUGGAGGUGGAGUAUGAAACGAUGCCAGGGUGGAAGACAGACACAACUAGUGCCAGAAAAUGGGAGGAUCUCCCACCCAAGGCACAAAACUACAUUCGGUUUGUGGAAAACCACGUUGGAGUGGCAGUGAAAUGGGUUGGAGUUGGAAAAUCAAGGGAAUCGAUGAUCCAGCUCUUUUAAAUGAACAAAGAACUUUGAUGAUGAAAAGCAGUUUUUAGCACUCAUCUGCUCCUCCUGAUUUCCGAGCUAAGAUGAAGCGGUUGUUAAACCCGAAACAUUUUUCUUAGAUUUUGGUAGACAUCUCUUGUAUUUUCAGGUACACACACACACACACACACACACACAUAUAUAUAUAUUUUAAAAAAUCAGAAACACAAAAAUUAGAACAGGAGAGAUCUUGAGAUGGGCGGAGGAAUUCAGGGUCACUUUGAAAUGAGAGACAAACUUCGUAGGAUAUUAGAUCCAGAGGAGUUAGCCGUGUUAGUCUGUAGUAGCAAAAUCAAAAAGAGUCCAGUAGCACCUUUAAGACUAACCAAUUUUAUUAUAGCAUAAGCUUUCUGAUGAAGAGAACUUGAUUCUCGAAAGCUUAUGCUAUAAUAAAAUUGGUUAGUCUUAAAGGUGCUACUGGACUCUUUUUGAUUUCGUAGGAUAUUAUUUCUUCAAGAUGCUGCUAACACUUGACAUUUAUUGCGAGAUUGUACAUGGCAUUAAAGGGGACGGUUGCUAUUCCUGUGUCUGAAGGUGAUCAAAAUGGCAGCAAAAAUUGAAUGAUCCCUUUCAAGCCUAACAGUCAGAGCUAAAGUGAUCAACUUGGAGACUGUAUCCUUUGUAGUAACCAACUAUUAAAAUAUAAAAAAAGGGGAAAGCAAAGGAGCGUGUCCCUAGAAUGAAGGAAGCCAGGAGCGGAAAUCAUUUUCUGCAGUGGAUCAAGCUGGAAACACAUGACUGACUUUAGGAUGAAGUUUUUCUAAUAUUCACACAGGUUCCUGUAUAGGUGCUGUUCUCUUACCCAGCGAAUAACAGGUGGGAGAUCAAAGGAACCUUUGCCAGGUUGGAAGGUUCUAAAAAACACAGGAAGAGGUAUAGCCAGCAUGACAUCACACUUGCAUAUUGAGUGCUGGGUAUAUACGCAUUGUCCUGCAGAUUGUGUUGGGAAUGAGCAGCAGUGGUUGUUACUGCGGUGCUCUUAGAAGCUUUGCAAAAUAUUAAGAGUAGUGUUAGGGUUACUACAGAAUCAAAUCCAGAACAGACGUGUCUCUGCCGCCCCUCUUUAGGAUGCUCUGUGGAUAUUGAUCCAGAGGAGUUAGCCAUGUUAGUCUGUAGUAACAAAAUGGCAAAGAGUCCAGUAGCAUCUUUAAGACUAACCAACUUUACUGUAGCGUAAGCUUUCGAGAACCACAGCUCUCUUCGUCAGAUGCAUUAGUCUUAAAGGUGCUACUGGACUCUUUGCCAUUCUGUGGAUAUUGAGUUCUAAGGAGCUGUCAUAUUUGGAACACAGGGCAACUCUUUAAAAUAAAAGGAUAAUCCGGCAUGCCAAAGUUAUGCAGGAAGUGAGGCUCAGCUUGUGCAUCUGGACUGGCAGGCUUUUUUUGGUGUGUCGUUUUCUUCAGUGAGACAAUUCACUCUCAGUCAGCAGGGAUGGACACUUAUUUAAAAUAUUUAAACAACAGUGGAGGGGGUCAGAGACAUGGCGAUCUCAUUUCUCCAUAAUUGAACUCUCGGUACCUGACUCUCGUCAUCUAUUCCUCUCAGUUACAAACUAACUUUCUUGCAGUCAGCUUCUAGAUGCUCCUUCACUCCCAGACUCAGCGUCUCCUUUCUUUUUCCUCUCUGACUGCUGCUGGCCUCCUUCCAAUAUUCCAUCAGUUCUUGCUAGUUGUACUCAGAGAGAUGGAAUGGGAGCUAGCACUGUCCCAAUGCUAAUAACGUUUUUGUCUAGGGUAAAGGUGGCCAGCAUAAGACUGUGCAUUUUUGCCAGAAAAACAUAGCCCGAGACCCUCUGGUGGAAUCUUCAGCAUUGCCCAUUUAGCUUUGUUCUUGAGCCAGAGGCACACAGGUACCUUGGUGUAGCUCACAGACCUCCCAUGGAUUCUGCUUGUGCUACAGCCAGCCCCACUUUGGAAUACUUCAUACAUCUCUUUCAGCGGCAUUCCCCUAGGCUAUCCCCUAAAACCAAUGUUCUGUUGUCUAAAUCGCAGGGACUUUGAGACUCAUCUUUUGUGUAAAGCACUUUUGAAAAUUAUUAUUAGCAUGGCUCAGUGGAUUGGGUGGUGAUGGGUGCUAAUAGGUUUGCAUUUCUGGUAGGAUCUAGUUCCUGUCAGGAAUGGGUCAGGACCCUUUCCUCAAGCUAUGGCGCCUCGGCACAUAUGCAGUCAAGCAAAAUUGACUGACAUGGCCCUGUUUUUAUUAAGGUUGGGUUUGCUACAUCUGCUAAGAUUAGUUAACAAGCACUCCAGGAAAACGAACCAUAAAAUUUAGCCAGUGACUCAAACUAGGUUUGUAUUUCAAGUGUCAUUGCUUCAGUUUAACCUAUCUUUGCAUUACCUGGAAAUACGUUUUUUUCUGCUAAAUGACUGUUCUUUCUGCUGUUUGAGGCCUGGUGCAAAAGCAAAGGGUUGCAGUCUUGCUGAAGUUGAACAAACUUGCAGCCACAUCCUUUGUGUAAGUUCUCCCAUGAAACGGGAGGCUUUCGCAGGACUUCCCUGUGGAUUGUGUCUAUUUGUCAUCAGGCCUUUUCAUCCCAAUGAAACUUUCGUUCCUGUAAUUUUAUUCAGAGGAGUUAGCCGUGUUAGUCUGUAGUUGCAAAAUAGUAAAGAGUCCAGUAGCACCUUUGAGACUAACCAACUUUAUUGUAGCAUAAG